CCGCGGCCCCGGCGCAGCGCACAGCAUACACAGCACCGGCGGCCACCACAGCGAACAGCAAAGCACCUCUGCUGAAGUCGCGCGAGAGCCGAGAGCCUUAUUCUCAUUCAUUCAUCUUCCUCCGCGUCUUCCUCUUUCCAUCCACCUUCUGCCUGCUUGCUUGCUUGUUGCUGCCGUAGUCCAGGUAGAUCCCCCGGGCAGGCAGCCGAUCGACCGGGAAGCUUGUGGAGGAGGAGUAGUGGUGGUGGUGGCGGCGGCGGAGAGGGAACCGGGGAGCGGGAAGGCGGCGCGGAUUAUUAUGCCACUGCUGCGGCGCAGGCGCCGGCGCGGCCGGUGAUGCCCGCCGUGGCGGUCGCUUGAGGUGAGGCGGCCGUGCGUGGGGACGAGGGUGGACGGGCGGGGGGGCGGGGAGCGAGGCGGCGCGGACCGAGGUUGCGUUGGGUUCGAUUUCGAUUGGUCUGCGUCUGCUGAGAGGAGAGGACGGCGGUUGGGAUUUGUUGGUCACGGUGUGUGUGCUUGGAAACUUCACGGGGGGAGAAACUACUUGAUCUAGCCGUUUCAGCAAUUCCGUUGAGGUUGUUCUAGAAGGGAUAUCUUGGGUGCUAUUUGAUUAUUUUGGAGCUGUGAGAUUUUGUACUGUUUACCGAAGUGUUUGGCCUCAGGAGAGUUGAAGAUAAGGAGCGGAGCUAGGUUUAAACUCUUACUUGGUUGUUGCGUGCAACGGAUCAACUAUGUUAAGCUUUUCUCUAGAGUAACAGCAAUUGGAUCAAUUCAAGUAGGUGAGUGGAAUUGAUCCUUUUGAAGAUUCUGAUCCCAGUUCAAUUCAUGACUAGAGUCGUGAAUUCUAUAGGUUUUCUCGUGUAAAUUUAACACUAAUUUGGCUGCUCUUUUGGGUCUGGGCGCACAAAUUUGAAAUAUUGAAAUAUUGGGAGUGCUGGUGUGAUAUAGAGGUCUAGGGGGAGAUAUGAGGUACUACUUGCGUCAGAUCCAGCGUUUGGUUGGAGAUAUGGAAGGAGGAGUUCUCUUGUUUAUUGAUGACCUCAACUCCAAGUGACAAAGCGAACAACUGUUGCACCUUUCCCUUCUAUUUCUGUUUAUUUUUGCCGGAUUUGGAGAUGGAGGUGAAUUCCUCUGGUGAGGAAAUGGUGGUCAAGGUAAGAAAGCCAUACACAAUCACAAAGCAGCGGGAGCGGUGGACAGAGGCUGAGCACAAACGGUUCCUUGAAGCCUUGAAACUUUAUGGCAGAGCAUGGCAGCGUAUAGAAGAGCAUGUUGGGACAAAGACGGCCGUGCAGAUCAGAAGUCACGCUCAAAAGUUCUUCACCAAGUUGGAAAAGGAAGCUAUGACCAAUGGUACUUCUCCGGGGCAAGCCCUUGACAUUGACAUACCUCCACCACGGCCUAAAAGAAAGCCUAACAAUCCAUAUCCUCGAAAAAGUGGUCUCAGCUCUGAGACACCAACCAAAGAUUUUCCAAAUGACAAGUCAGCAAAACCAAAUAUGCCCUUGAGCAAUGGAAAUGUACAAAUGGCAGGUGAUGCAUCUCUUCAGAAAUUUCAAAGGAAGGAGUUGUCUGAAAAAGGAAGUUGCUCAGAAGUUCUUAAUCUCUUCCGUGAUGCCCCAUCUGCGUCAUUUUCUUCAGUUAACAAAAGCUCUUCAAAUCAUGGUGCACCCAGGGGGGUCGAGGCAAGUAAAACAGAAAUCCGAGAUAUGACCAUCAUGGAAAAUAAUUCUCUUAACCCCAACAUGCAAGAGGAUGUAAAGGAGAUCAGCGAUCAUGAAAUGGAAAGGCUUAAUAGUAUCCAAAUCAGCUCUAAAUGUGAACAUUCUCACGAGGGAUAUUUGGAUCUCUCAAUGCAACAAAUGAAGCUAAAGCCAAAAUCUGUGGAGACAACAUAUGUGGACAAACAAACUGCAAGAGCUUCGCACUCCCUAGCGGAGAAAAAUGGGACAGCUAGCAUUCUGGUCACUGCAACUGAAGGAACUCAUUCUGAUCAAACAAGUGAUCAAGUGGGAAUCAAUGGAAGCAUUAACCCAUGCAUCCAUCCAAUGCUUUCUUCAGAUCCAAAAUUUGAUAGCAGUGCCACACCACAGCAUUUUCCUCAUAAUUAUGCUGCCUUUGCUCCAAUGAUGCAGGGCAACUGCAACCAAGAUACCUACAGGUCAUUCGUCAAUAUGUCAUCCACCUUCUCCAGCAUGCUUGUUUCCACGUUGUUGUCAAACCCUGCCAUCCAUGCAGCUGCCAGGCUCGCAGCAUCAUACUGGCCAGCAGCUGAAGGUAACACACUUAUCGAUCCAAAUCAAGAAAAUCCUGCAGAUGAUGUUCAAGGAAGGAACAUAGGCUCUCCUCCAAGCAUGGCUUCUAUUGUAGCAGCUACAGUUGCUGCAGCAUCUGCAUGGUGGGCAACACAAGGUCUUCUCCCUUUCUUCACUCCACCCAUGGCUUUUCCAUUUGUACCAGCUCCUAGUGCUGCCUUUCCCACAGUUGAUGUUCCAAGACCUUCAGAGAAAGACAGAGAUUUCCCAGUUGAAAAUGCACAGAAGGAAUGCCAAGAAGCUCAAAAACAGGGACAAUUUGAAGGUUUAAGAGUUGCUGCUUCUUCAGUGUCUGAUGGGAGUGGAAAAGGCGAGGUGUCUCUCCACACAGAGUUAAAGAUAUCUCCUGUCCAGAAUGCUGAUGCAACACCUACCACAGGAGCUGAUACAAGUGAUGCAUUCAGGAAUAAGAAAAAGCAGGAUCGCUCUUCAUGUGGUUCUAACACACCUUCAAGUAGUGAUGUUGAUGCAGACAAUGUUCCUGAGAAGGAGGACAAUGCUAAUGAGAAGGUGAAGCAAGCCUCCUGCAGCAACUCUUCAGCUGGUGACACUAACCACCGCAGAUUUAGAAGCAGUGGAAGCACUAGUGAUUCAUGGAAGGAGGUUUCUGAAGAGGGUCGUCUGGCUUUCGAUGCGCUGUUCAGUAGAGAAAAGCUUCCGCAAAGCUUUUCUCCCCCACAAGCAGAAGACUCGAAGGAGGUUGCCAAGGAGGAAGAAAAUGAAGUGACUACAGUGGCAGUUGACCUCAACAAGAACGCCACAAGCAUUGAUCAUGACCUCGACACAAUGGAUGAGCCAAGGGCUUCCUUUCCCAAUGAAUUGUCGCACCUGAAGCUGAAAUCGCGCCGAACAGGCUUCAAGCCAUACAAGAGAUGUUCUGUGGAAGCGAAGGAGAAUAGGGUGCCGGCUAGUGACGAGGUUGGUACCAAGAGGAUUCGUCUUGAGAGCGAAGCAUCCACAUAAUCGAUCUCUACAUGGGGACUGGUCGGCCUGCCUCUACCAUGAAGUUUAUGUCAAAGUUAUAUUUACAUCUAAGCUACUAUAGGACUUCAAACCUUGCAAUGCAGUGCUUCAUUAAACUUAAUCUGUUGUGUGCUGUAUUUUAAUGCUUGUCAAGCAGCCCGCUAGACUGCUUUUAAACCUUAUCUCGUAGACUCUGAUUUAAGCAUUAAGCAACUAUUGAACUUUUUGGUCAAAA